CCCAUCAGCUCCAGUACUCUGAAGGGGCCCUUCUGCAGGGCACAAUAGGCCAGGGAGAACAACAGAGUGUGGAUUUGGGAUCAAUUGAAAAUGCAGAGAAACUAGACAGGCAAAAUGGGAUUAUUCAAAGCGGAACGAGAGCAGGGUGCUGGGGUGACUGUACCACGCUGCAAACACGGCUGUGAUGACUGAAAGCCAGAAGGACCAGGUUUUAGAGAGGAGCCAAGGGGAAGCACAUCAAACAGGCAGCAGGGAGAUAAAAUGGGGAGCGGGAGCGUAGUGGGUGGAUGGAGGCACACGCUGGUGCCCGGCCGGAGGAAUGUCAUGGCUUCACUUGUGAUUGGCUGCCGAGUGGAGGAGUCAGUUUUCACGGGGGUUGAUCAAAAAGUUUCCUUUUGCUUUCCAAAGUCGCUGUCUGAGCAGAGGCAUCGGAAGAGGAGGCCGGUUGCUCUAACAUUCCUCGGGAAAACGACUUAAAUGCAAUGAGAAGGCUUCUCUUCCCAGGGACACACAGCCAAGAACAGACGCAGAGAAGCUGUUUUCCUUCUCUUCUCUCCCAACUCCUACUGGAGUUGAUCAGCUCUCAUUUCUGGCAUGCGUCUCAUCUCUCAGGAUACCAUGUCACAGUAUUCUACUAACUUUCUCUUGCUUCCCAUACCAGAGUAUCCGGUAUUAGACUGCGUGCCCAACAAAAUCAUCAAGCUGGUGGUGCUGGGUGGCAGCAGCGUUGGCAAGACAGCUCUGGUUGUGCGCUUUCUCACUAAGAGAUUUAUUGGAGACUACGAAGCCAAUGCUGGUGCACUGUAUUCAAGAAAAUUCACCAUAGAUGGGGAGCAGAUCUCUCUACAGGUUCAGGACACUCCCUUUGUUUCACUGGAGGAUGACACUGACAGCAUCUGCUGCCAGGAGCAGAUAAACCGCUCAAUCUACUGGGCAGAUGGCUUCGUUUUCGUUUACUCCAUCACAGAAUACGAGAGCUACCGCGUCAUCCGGCCCUUGUACCAGCACAUCCGCAAGAUUCACCCCAAUGCUAACAUCCCCCUGCUUCUGAUUGCAAACAAAGGAGACCUCCUGCGAGCCAGGCAGGUGUCCUCCAAAGAAGGACUCCAGCUGGCCAGUGAACUGGGAGGUACUUACUAUGAAGUCUCAGCGCGAGAGAACUGCGAGGGCGUGCAUGAAGCCUUCCAGCAGCUUUGCCAGGAGGUCAGCAGGAUGAUUGGCAGCUGCAAUGGAGAGAAACGAAGAGGCCUCCACCUUGUCCGACCCAAGUCUCCAAAUAUGCAGGACUUAAAGAGACGUUUGAAACAGGCUCUGACUUCCAAAGGGAAAUCUGCCACUACGCUUUGAUGUAGCUGACAAAAAUUGUUAUCCACACCCCUGGACAAAAGGCAAGCAAGUAAGCUGCUGUUUAAGGGAAUCUCCAAAAUACAGCAUUUGGGCUGUGUGAGAGGUUCCUUCAUUUUGUCUAUAUAUCUUCCUUAAAAAUUCCAUGUUUGUUCAUCAGAGAAACUCACAGAACGUUCUCCCUGGGGUAAGAAUGUAGAAACUGAUUUAAGGUAUAGAUUGUCCCAAAUUAUUUCUUUUCCAGAAGGAAUGCAGUAAAUAGUUUAGGCUUAGAAUGUAGAUUUUUAUUAAUAAAAUAAAUAAAUCUUACUGUUAAGAGGAGUGGCUUCUCUUGGGGACAGCUGUGUUCUCAAGUGUAGGCAGUAGGCUACAGCAAGGCACCAGGAGAGUGAGCGAGCAAAGCCAAACAGAUUUGCUUAGUCACAAGACUGGAAAAUAAAGGCAAAAAGUAAAUGAUAAGCAUAAAUAGUGAAAAGUAAUAAUUUAACAAAGAUAAUAAUUCAAAAACUGCAGUUUAGAAGGUGUUCUUAGGAACAUGGGGAGAGAUCUGCAAGCUUCUAUAGCAUCUCUUUAUAGAGGUGUUUUCAAAAAUAUCACAGUUUAUUUCAGAUUAUUUUUCUUUAAACACAUACCAUUUCUGAAAGGGACUCUGUGGGCACAGUGCCUUUUAGCAUCAUUCUGUAGGCAGGUUCUCAAUGGUCUACUUGUCAUUUUUGUGUAAGUUCCCUAUGUGGCAAUAAGGAACAAGUAGAGCAGGGUGGCUAUAAAACCUGCAGAGAGCAAAUGGGCUGUAUUAACCAAGAGCAAGGAUAGGAUCUGAAAUGAUAUAACCUUUUUUCUAAACAUGCUAGAUGUCGUGCUCAAGAUGAUCUUUCAAAGAAACAAAGCCUUUACAUGAGGUAUAUUAGACUCAUUACAAUAUUUUUUUAUAAUUUUUCUGCAGAAAGGAUUCUAUGAUGACUGAAAUACCUGGCUUCAGGUUUAUCAUUUUGUUCUUUGCCUUAAAACCAGGUUUUACUUUAUGCAUUGCAAUGCAUCCUAAUCUCCAGUCUGUCAAUAGAGAUUUCACUGGCAGUGUCUCACUGCAGUGGUUCUCUGCAUGUGCUGAGGGGUUUGAAGCUGCAUCCUGUGAGCUGGCCAAUUUUAUGGUCGCGAUAACAACAGUAUGAAGCACCCAUCAUUAUGUUCCUAAUGGGAAUGGAAAGAAACUGGGUUGGACCAUGCAAAUGUCAUGGUGCAACCACCUUUUCUUUAAACACACCACCCAAGCACUUCACAGGACCAUGGAAUGGAUUAAAACUCAAUGAUUUACACUGAGGAACACGGGAGGGGAAAUCCUAGUUUGAUGGAUGUGGAGAAACACUCCCAGCUGCAGCAGUACUGAGUUAACUCAAUGUUUUGCUCGUGAACAGCAAAAAUACAGAUUGAGUCCAAUGAGUAUCCAUACAGCUCAGGGCUUGGAAUUCUGUUUUACCUUUUGUUUGCCCCUGGACAACUCUACUCAUUAUUUUCUUCACCACUUGGAUUUGCGUUAGCUACAGCGCACCUUCUGUUUUGUUUAUUGCUCUCCACAGCCGGCAUUCUGAGAUGUUCUGAUUAAUUUAAAACUCUUCUAUACACACAAAGCAACUGUGCUUUUUUUUAAAUGAGCUUCAAUUGGUAGUAGAGAGUGAAAUAGAAAGUUGGUUCAACUAAACAGGGACUCGAGCAAUAUUAAGGGAUUUGUACUUCAGCUUAUGGUUUAUUAACGGCUUGAUAUUCAAGCUGGGUCAUCGUCCUCUUCGCAUUUUGGUACGGCAUUGGUUAGCAUGGAGAUUUCAGUCUUCCAAAUUACUAACAGCAUAGUUCAAAUAGCAAAUCUUUAACAUGAAAAUGAGCAAAGAGAUUGUGAGAGACAAGCGAGCUGAACAUUGUUUGCAUCAGAAUAGUGAUCACCAGUUUUGAAAAGCAACUACAUAUCUUACCAUUAUGGUACUGCAUAGCUGGGGCUAAAUUUACUGAAGACAGCUUGAUGCAAUUUGUUUUCAUAAAAGCCUAAGGGAAUUAGGUCCUCUAUCUUAUUAAAUUUGCUUGUAACUUGCUCUUUCAGUCCUUAUCCUUUAUUUGGGAAGAAAGUUCAACACGUUUCAAAACUGUCAAUGUUUUCUUUUCAGUAGCAACUAAUAAAAUCAGACAAGGCCUCUCCUGAGUAGUAUAUAAAAUGUACAUCUCACAUCUUUAAAUGUUCUUUGUUUAUAGUAGGCUAAAAAUAUUUUUUUUCCUAAUACUCUGCUUUGGAAGUAUAUGCAAGUACCUCAGUCUAUGCACUCCUACAUAUAUAUUCCCACAUUCCCGUGGCACUGGUGGGGGAAAAAAAAAAACAUCCAUGUUUUAGCUAAGGCAAAAAAAUGUUGAAAUACUUAAGUCUUCUCCUAAAUUCUAACGUGGCUAGCAUUUAUUCUGCCACAGAAAUUGGAGUAUAGCAUUUCCUUCAUUCAUUAACCAGCAAUACAAACCUGGUGGUAGCUUU